AUGAUGUCUCUACGAAUGAACAACGGCCUCCCCAUGCUCUUGAAGAGGUCACUGACUACUUCUAAAGCUGCGUAUCGGUUUCAUUCAACCAUCCCUAAACCAAACGAACAGAUACCUGAUGUCGAUACAUUUCUAGCCAAAAUCGGCCGUAAUUGUAACGAACUGAAGGACACAUUUGAGAACAACUGGAAUAAUCUUUUUCUAUGGGAUUCCAAGACAUUAAAGGAAAAAGGCGUGAAUAUCCAACAGAGGAGAUAUAUCUUAAACCAAAUCCAGAAAUACCGUAACAAUGAACCCAUCCGUGAGAUAAAAUUGGGCAAGAAGUCAUUUUUUGGCGGUGAGAGGAAGAGAAAGGCAUUUACUGCUAAAUGGAAGGCUGAAAAUAAGCAGUAG